GCGCGAAGUGGCGCUUCUCAGAAGCUGUAAAGUCCGAAGUUGUGGCAGACGUAUUUUUAAGAGUUGUAAGAAACCGAGCAAAUAAACAGAAUGGAAGCUAUAAAGAAAAAGAUGCAAGUUUUGAAAGAAGAUAAGGAGAAUGCAGUUGAUCGGGCUGAGGUUGCUGAACAACAGUGUCGUGAUGCCAAUGCACGAGCCGAAAAGGCCGAAGAGGAAGCUCGUAUUCUUCAGCAAAAAAUCCAAUGUCUGGAAAAUGAAUUGGAUUCGGCUCAAGAACUGGUGACUGACGCGAACGCCAGACUGGCCGAAAAAGACAAGUCUCUUCAGAAUGUAGGUUUUUUUUUUUUCAAG